AUGUCAUCCACAAACAUAUGAUUGAAAUAAUUAAAUUAUUAUAGACAACGUACAAAUUUGGAAGGAAAGUUAUGUCGUAAAUGGAUGAAACCCAGAAAAGGACCCCGAAUUUCACUGCAAGCGAGUCGGAGCAGCUAUUGGAACUGGUGGAGAAAUAUAAAGCAGUCAUCGAAUGCAAGCGGACGGACACUUCCACGAACGCUAAAAAAAGAUGCCGCAUGGAAGCGUAUCGAAUAUGAUUUCAAUUCACAGUGUCCAUCUGGCUGCCAUAGGAGUACAAAAAUAUUGAAGAAAAAGUAUCUCAAUCUGAAAAGAGAGGUAAAAAAGCGAGUUGCAGAGGAUAAAAGAUCUCUUUAUUUAACUGGAGGAGGACCACCAUCAAAGAAAUUGUUAACUGAGUUUGAUGAAAAACUUUUGACUGUGUUGCAUGAGAAGCAAGUUAGUGGCAUGCAGAGUGUGUAUGACAAUGAUGUAAUUGCCGUAAAUAUUGAUGGGGAGUUUAUACACUCGAUUUUAUUUUCAUGA